AUGUGUAGUACAGUGGCGCCGUAUGACUUGGGACAUCUUCUAGUGUCCACCAAAAAACCAAGAAGAUUCCGAGGAAAAAUCACUCAAAAGCUGAACCCUCAAGAAUCAGCAGACGCCAAAUCUACAGGCGACAGCCCCAGUGGCACUGCUGGUACCAACGGAAGGGUCGUGAAGGAAACUUAUGUUCCGCAGGUGGCCAGGAGCGACAGUGGGUUUGAGAGCAGGAGUGAGACUCCGCAUAUUCCAAGGCUGGAUAUCAACGGGAAAAAAUCCCAGCUGACUUCCAAAGGCCCUUCUUCUGAAUAUCCCAGUCUGCCCCUGACUCCCAGACUGACCUCCAGUGCCAGACAUCGAGUUCCUGUUAUGGAGGCUGACAGGCUCGCCAAACAUGCCACCAGACUCAUCGAAACCCUCCCCCUAGACCAGCUAACAGCCAUGCACUCCAGCCGCUUCCACCCCAUCCCUCAGCCUGUACAGCCACAGAGACCCAGGCAGAAGGAUGUGAGUCCCAGGGCCAGCAGCCUGUCCAGGAAUGUCCAUGCCUUACUACACGGGACAGCCACACGGGAGUACAUCAGUAGAACAGAAAUAAAGAGGGUGAAAUCUGCCAGAGCUUACCGAGCCAAGUCCGCCAAACCAAGCCCCCAGCAACCGACCAAACCUGCUGACGAGAAGCCAAGAUCCAAGUCAGCCCUGGGGUUGCACAGGCCCAAAACAAAACCUGUCAAAACUGUUAAAUUACGUCGUGAAGAUUACGAGAGUGAUGAUGAUGAUGACAGUGACACAUGGACAUCACAGUACUUGAAGGAUGAUGACUCAACAACAGAAGAAGCUGUGUUUAAGGAGAUGCCCAGAGGAGCUGGGACCACGGUUCAGCUGACAGGGUGGUUAAGGCAAUCUGGGAACAAUGAUGGGGAAGAGGAGAAGGAUGCAGUAACUAUGGAUACUGCAGAGGGGGCCGAUAAAACAGUAGCUGCAGAGCAGGAAACAAAAGAAGAAAAGAGCAAUGAUGAGAAAGAAAAUCAGGCAGGUGGAACAGAAAACAUGACAGAAGAAAAACUGGAAGAAGGAGGAGCUAUAGACCAAAGGGAGUCAAAUGACAAGGAAGACAAGAGUGCAGAAAACCCUGACUAUGCCACAGAGGCACAAGAGGGAAAGGUAGAUAGCAGUACUGAAGAUUCUAGCAUUGAUGACAAGAAACGUACCUUAAAGGAAGAGGAGGAGUCUAAAGAUGACCAGUCGGAAAAGAAACCAAAACAAAGAAGAAGCUUGAAGAAAAAAGCAUCAAAGGAGUCAGUCACCAAAGAAGUUGAAGAUUGUGAUGUUGAUGACAAGUUGUCAAAAGACAAAGAAGAUUCCCAAGAUGAUGGGUCAGAAAAGAAAUCAAAACACAAAAAAAGUUUGAAGAAGAAAGCAUCAAAAGAAUCAAUCACCAAAGAAAUCCUAAAAGAAAAAGACCAAGACAAUGCAUCGCAAAAGAAACCAAAACACAGAAGAAGUAUGACCAAAGAAGCAUCAAAGGAGUCAGUCACUGUAGAAGUCACAGACAGUUCAGAGCAACAAGAUGCUGCAGAUAAGAGUAAAAGCAUUGAAGACUCCACAGAUGGUCCAAGCCAAACAGAGCCCUCUAAUGAAGAAUCUAAAACAGACAAUGUACAAAGUGGUAGCAUGUCAUCACUUGGGAAGUUGAGUAACUCAUCUCUUAACGUCCCCAAACCUUCAUCUGGAGAAGAUGGGGAGAGGAGUUGUAGAAAAGAUGAUAAAGACGGCGACUCUUACAGCAUCAGCUCAGCCACGUAUCACAUGGUGUAUACGGAGAGUCCAAAGCAGGAAAAAUUGCCAGAGUUCUGA